AUGGAUCAUUACUUUGAAGGACAGAAUCCAUCCCAGAUAAAGGUUGGUGCUAAGAAGAUGAAGAGCAAGAAAAGAAUGAACUGAUCAAGGAAGAACCCCCUUGCUGGAGUUCCAUUAGCCAAUCUGAGCUACUUCAUCAAGCGUAAAAAUAAGCAAAUGGCAGAGUAUGCUGAAGUUAUCCCAAAGCAAGGGAAAAAUCGUAGGGAAAGAAUCUUUGCAACAAAAGUCAAGCAUUUUAAGUCAAACGCACAGAUACAGAAGGACUUGUCACAGUGGAAUUACAAGAGCAAGGAGAAGCUAUUUAAGCUUCAAGAUAUUACCUCUGAUAAGGAGAAGAAAGACUAUACAAGGCUGAGCGAGCCGCAAAAAUAUAUAAGGAAUGAUCUGAAUCAGGAGAUGCCUCCUAAAAAGUUCGAAAACACCCAGUCUACAUUCUACAACAUCGAUCACAAAGGCGUUAGGAAAGGAAAAUAUUCUUUUGAUACAGACUAUGAGGGGUAUCUGACUAACCAAUCGACCAGUACUGCAAGCCAUCGGAACCAAAGAGUAGGGAAGGCUUAUUCUAAUUCCAGGCGUCCAAAUCAAAAUACCAUGCACAAAAGAGGAUCUUCUUAUUCAGACCACCAUACUUAUGAUGCAGUGAGGAGGAUCCAUAAAAAGAGUAAUUCCAUAUCUUAUGACUCUUAUACACACAUGAGCGGCGAUGAGGCAUAUCUCCGAUCAAAACUGUCUCAUGGAACUAGCAAAGGACCGUUUUUGGGGCAAAAUUUUUCCCAGAUGAAAAGAUCUAAGACGAAUAACUACAUCCAAGACCUGAAUCAUUAUAAGGCUAAGUUUAAUCAUAGUCAAGGUAUUAUAAAGGAUGUGUCUAGUUCUGAAGAUCUUUCUCCAGAGCCAACUACUAUUACCAUCCGAAAGAAGGUUAAAACGGCUGGAGAUAGUAAUAGUUCUAAAAAUCCUUUCUACACAACAUUUGGGCCUCUAAACUCUAUCGAAAGGACACAGACAUCAAGUAAUACAAAUGGGGAGAGAAUGUUUACUGGCACUAGAGACCAGAAUCCCUUCAAAUCUGGGGGAGGUUAUAACCUCACUCCUACACUUCCGAAUAUGGACAACUGGAAGAAUGGUGUUGAUGACGAGCCGGAGCCAGUGAAGAACAUUGGAAAUUCCUAUCCCAAAAAGAAGCGUAAAAGGGACCCUUUCCAAGAUAAAGUUUUUCAAGUGAAACAUCCUAAACAGAUGUCCACUGCUUCUAAACGCAAGAGAGCCAAGAAGCCAAUGAACAAUGCUUUCUUUACAAAUGAUAAGAAUUUUAGGAAUAUUGAGAUGACUUUUAAUAAGAACGAAGAUAUUAUGUGAAGGAAUACACCCUCUGUUGCCGACAUUAACUUUACAAAGGAAGAGCAGUCUCAAUGUAAAACCAAGGUCAUAAUCGCCAAGGACAAUAUCCUACAGACCAAGAAAAAGUCCAAGAAAGUUAUGAAUGAUGUGAGGGAUAUAUUAGGUGCAAUUAACGAACUCAAAUCUGCUGGCAAAGCUAUUGAAAUUAUCAAAAAGAGCCAAGGAGGUGCAAGGGUCAAUACCUCACCGUUCAAAGACUAUAAUUCUAACCCGACCAUUGCAGAUAGGGGAUAUGAAACACUUGCUAUGGAGUAG